CUUUUUUAUUUUCGACCUCCCCUCUCUUUAAAUAACAUCAUGCUUCCUCAACAAAAGUUCAUCGCUUCUUCUCCUGCUGGUGAUGUUGCCGCUCCUACUGGUGCUGACUUGUAUGCCCGUUUCGCUUUGGCUGGUGCCGUCUGUUGUUCUAUCACUCACGGUGCUAUGACUCCCGUCGAUGUCGUCAAAACUAGAAUUCAAUUGUCUCCUGAAGUUUACAACAAAGGUAUGAUCUCUGGUUUCCGUCAAGUCGUUGCUGCUGAAGGUGCUGGUGCUCUUCUUACUGGUUUCGGUCCCACUGCUGCUGGUUACUUCUUGCAAGGUGCCUUCAAGUUUGGUGGUUACGAAUUCUGGAAAAAGACUUUUAUCGAUGCUGUUGGUGUUGAACAAGCUCGUGAAAACCGUACUGCCAUCUACUUGGGUUCUUCUGCUAUCGCUGAAUUCUUCGCUGAUGUUGCUCUCUGUCCUUUGGAAGCUACUCGUAUUCGUCUCGUUUCUCAACCUGACUUUGCUUCUGGUCUCUUGAGUGGUUUCACUAAAAUCGCAAAGGAAGAAGGUGUUAUCAAAGGUUUCUACUCUGGUUUUGGUCCUAUUCUCUUCAAACAAGUUCCUUAUACUAUGGCUAAAUUCGUAGUUUAUGAACUCGCUGCUGAAAAAAUCAUUCACCAAAUCGGUAUCCCCAAGGAUGAACUCGCUCCUUCUACUCUUACUCAAGUUAAUUUGGGUGCUGGUAUCAUCGCUGGUACCGCUGCUGCUAUUAUCUCUCAACCCGCUGAUACCCUUCUUUCCAAGAUUAACAAACAAAAGGGUGUUGAAGGUCAAUCUAUCACUUCUCGCUUAAUCGGAAUGGCCGGACAACUUGGAGCCAGAGGUUUAUUCUUGGGUUUGGGCCCGCGUAUUGUCAUGGUCGCUACUUUGACUGCAGGUCAAUUCGCCAUCUAUGGUGAUAUCAAGCGUGUAUUGGGUGCCACUGGUGGUGUUGAAAUUGCCAAAUAGAUUAUUAUUAGUAGUUAUAGAUCAUAAUUAUAGAUCAUCAUUGAAUUUUAAUAAAAGAAGACAUACACACAUA